AGACUAUGAUAUGAAAAUACACUCAGGGAAGGGGGGAAGGGGAGGACAACAUGAAACUAAUUUAUAAAAGGGAGAAAGGAGGAGGAAAAUGAGAGUAAAGCGGAAAGCUUCCAGGGUAGGGAAGCCAAGGGGCAUGCUGAUGCCUCAAUCCAGUGUCACCAUCCUAGAAAAAAAAAAAACAAGUCAGCAAAUCAAACACAGAGCUCAGGUAGGGGAGACACAGGAGUGCCUUCCAAACUGAUAGGCGGCGCUGGAUAAGAUGAGGAGAAGACCAUUGGAUGCAGCUUUUGGACAGGACAUUGUGGCAAGGCCACUAAGACCAUGCCACCGAUUGGAGAGGGAGCCUGAGGAUGUGCAAAUUAGGAAGUUCAAGAGGAGUUAGUGAAGGUUGUUUGUGCACAUGAGGAUUGUCCGUUGUGCUGCUGGAAGCUGCUGCGCAUGCUGAAGAAGAGGCCAGUUGCAGAGAGAGGUCCUGGCACACAGAAACAGCAUCACAACAGAAGACAGAGGAGCCAGGGCUGCCAUGUCAUCCAGAUCUGGAGUACUGGAGCUUGAUUGUCAGCUGCACAGAAAGUGAAAGCUCCACAGAUUCUCACAGAUAGCAACACAGACUGACAGCAAUGCUGCAACAAUGUGAGGGCGGAAGUUGUCCCCCAAUUGACUUCAAUGAUGUCAUGCCUGCUGGAAAAGGCCCCCUUUCUACUGCUAGGAAAUUGCACUAUGCGAGCAUGAAGAAAGUGAAUGAAAAAGAAGAAAAGAUUUCUUCCCCAUGUGAAAUGAAGUUCUGUGGACAAGGAAGAAGAUGCAUUAUUAGUCUAGAGUCUAGACUUCCGGAGUGUGUAUGUGUGGAGAAAUGCAAACCUAGAUAUAUGCCAGUUUGUGGAUCUGAUGGCAAGUUUUAUGAAAACCACUGUGAACUUCACCGGGCUUCCUGUUUACAUGGAAAGAAAAUAUACAUUGUGCACAGCAAAGACUGUUUCUUCAAAGGAGACACCUGCACUAUGGCUGACUACAAUCGACUCAAGAACAUUCUUCUUGAUCUUCAGGCUAAUCGGAAAAAGCAAAGUAGCCUCCUGGGAGAUAAAAUUUCGCAAAAACGAGCACUCGUAGAGGAUAUGUUUAACUAUUUGGAUAUAAACAUUGAUGGGCAUCUAGACAGUUCUGAGCUGGCUCAGUACUCUAAGAAUGAAGAACUGGAUGAUAAUUUUUUGGAUUGCAGCGUGGGAGAUCUGCUCCGAUUUGAUGACUACAAUAUGGAUGGCUAUCUGACUCUUCCGGAACUCUACACUGCAUUCCAGGUUGUCCAGCUUACACUUGACCCAGACAAGGAGGUCAGCAUGACAACUGUAACUGUUGGAUUAAGUACUGUGCUAACCUGUGCAAUUCAUGGAAUACUACGACCUCCUAUCAUCUGGAAUCGAAAUGGAGUAAUAUUAAACUUCUUAGAUUUGGAAGAUAUAAAUGAUUUUGGAGAAGACAAUUCAUUAUACAUCACCAAGGUAACAACCAUUCAUAUGGGCAAUUAUACAUGCCAUGCUUAUGGCUACGACGAUCUCUACCAGACACACAUCCUUCAGGUGAAUGUUCCUCCAGUAAUAAGAGUAUAUCCAGAGACCCAGGCUCAGGAACCUGGAGUGUCUGCCAGCUUAAAGUGUCAUGCAGAGGGUAUCCCCAACCCCAAAAUUACGUGGCUGAAAAAUGGUAUUGAUAUAAUGCCAAAACUAUCCAAGCAACUGACAUUAAUUGCCAACGGAAGUGAACUUCAUAUUUCUAGUGUCCGUUAUGAAGACACUGGGGCUUAUACAUGCAUUGCAAAGAAUGAAGUUGGUGUUGAUGAAGAUAUAUCAUCGCUUUUCAUUGAAGACUCAGCAAGAAAAACCCUUGCAAACAUUCUGUGGAGGGAAGAAGGUUUGAGUGUGGGAAACAUGUUUUAUGUCUUUUCUGAUGAUGGAAUCACAAUAAUUCAACCACGGGAAUGUGAGAUCCGGAGACAGAUCAAGCCCAGUGAGAGGAUUCUUACAAGCUAUGAAGAGAUGUGUCCACAACCUGAUGGAGACUCGGAUCAAUUGUGUUCAUGGUCCUCAGCUAUCAAUGUAAGAGAGAAAUACAUCUAUGUCUCUCAGCCGAACCAAAACAGGGUUUUAAUAAUUGACAUCCAGAUGCAGAAGAUUAAACAGACAAUACAAGUUGACCCAUAUCCAGCAAAAUUACUUUAUGACAAAUCUCAUGACCAAGUCUGGAUUCUUAGCUGGGGAGAUAUAAAUAAAUCACAUCCAUCAUUACAGGUUAUAUCUGAAGCAAGUACAGGAGAAUGUCAGCACAUUAUCCACACAGACUUUGAGGAUGUAGAUGAUUUGUUUAUUCCUCCAACCAAUCUUAUCAUUAACCACAUUCGAUUUGGCUUCAUCUUCAAUAAAUCCAGGCCUUCGAUUCAUAAAAUUGACCUUGAAACUGUGACUCAAAUAAAGACCAUCAGCUUCAAAAACACCAGCUGUAUCCCGAAGAACAUGGCUUAUUCCCAUCUUGGUGGCUACUAUUUUGUAGAAUGCAAAGCAAACAAUUCAUUAACAAGAGUACCUCAGGUAAUAAUUGAUAGCGUUACAGACACAGUGAUCGGCCCAAAUGGUGAUAUAACCGGGACACCAUACAUUUCCUCAGAUGGACGUUAUUUGGUCAGUGCAGAUGAAGUAAAUGGCCGAAUCAGAGUUCAAACAAUUACUUUCCAAGGUGAAAUUAAAUUGAUUUACGACCUACCAACAAACUUACAAAUAUCUGAUGUGACUUUUCAAUCAUCUUUCACGGAGAGCAAUCAGUAUUAUAUCUAUGCGACAUCCCAUCUACAAACUGAUGUUCUCUUUUUAGAACUGUCCUCAGGAAGGAUGGACAUGAUGAAGAAUCUAAAAGACCCAGUAGCACAAAAAGAGUGGCCCUGGAAUGAGAAAAAUAGAAUUAUAAAAGACAGUGGCCUAUUUGGACAGUAUAUUUUAUCACCAGCUAAGGAUUCUCUGUUUCUAAUCAAUGGAAGACAAAGUGUUCUACAUUGCGAGGUCUCAGGAAUCAGACGGGGAAACACAGUGGUUUGGGUUGGAGAAGUAUGAAACAACAAGACAUCAAGCCUCCAUGAAAUGACUAGCAAUCGGACCUUUCUGCUGACAAUGGGAGCAGCAAACUUGUAUAUUUUUACACUGAAGAAAAAUCCUGUAUGAGCUUCAUGGUGCAACACUGGUGUACAGCUUGCAAGUUUUAUAGUAACUUCUAAUAGGAGGAUUUUUUUUUAUAUUAUUUGAAAGUAUUUAUUUUGCCUUUGGUUGUUUUCCAAAAAUAAACUAUACCACAUACACAACUAUUUUGAAUAAUGGGUUCACAAUCAUUGUAGAAUUAUUCUGUAGAACAGAUCAAUAUAUUAGUUGCAUAUUCUUUAGAUUAUUUUAGGUUAGCCUAAAGCUACAACUAAAUGGAAAUAUAUCAACUUAUGCAAAGAACUAAUGUUCCUUUCCAUGUUAAAACUGUUGUACAGUGACGACAGGAAAAUUGUGGUUGAGCCUCAUAUAUUAAAACUGCUGUAGAAAGUAGAAGUGGAGAUGUUGUCUCCAGCAACCAGUCAGAAUUUGCUUUACAUUUUUAACCUGCAACUUAAAAAAUGAAAGCUUAAAUCUGAUUGGUUAAAGUGGACAAUGUCUUCACUUUUUGUAUGUACUGUUUUGUAUACAUAUGAAUUGCUAUUAGAAGGAACUGAAAUUAUAUUUGUCUACACAUUACCUGUCAUUGAUUAUCUAUUACUGUACUGUAUAUCAAUAUUUCACUCUAAGGCAAUGCUUACAGUGAUUUCCCUGUAGUCAAGCAAUUGUGUUAGUAUGAGGAAACAUCUUAAAGGGAACCUGACACCAUGGAAAUGCUGUCCAACCUACUAGCAUCAUGAGCAGGAGAUGCUAAGGAGACUGAUAUAUAGUUAUGUGUAAAAAGAUUCACUAUAAUUCAUAACUUACUGAUUGAAAUCUCUGCUCAUUCUGGGCUAAGGAGUCCAGUAGGCGGUCCAACUCAGUGAUUGACAGCUUUUCUUGUAAGAGCAUGUAUUUAAAGAUCGCUGUCAAUCAUGAUUAGGAUGCCUACAGGACUUCUUACCCCAGAGUAAGCAGAGAGUUCAAUGAAAAACUAUACUGAAUCUUUUUCCACAAUGCUGUAUUUCAGUCUGCACAGCUCCUCCAAUUCUAUAACAUGAUGCUGGCGGAUCAGACUGUUUGUUUUGAAAUGAUAGAUUCCCUUUAAAUCUUAACAUAAUGGACCUCAUGUAAAUAGAAAACAAAGUUUGGGGGUUUCCCUUAGCAACCAGUGUUCAGCUUUCUUAAAAAAAAAAAAACUACGACAAGAUCUAUCUGGUUGCUGAGGGCAACUGCUCCACUUUUUGUCCUUAGUAGCUUUUAUACUUGAAGUACUGUAUUUAUCCUGCUACAGGUUUUGGAUAGGAUUAUGUCGCUUUAUCACAUUCUGUACAUGGGGUGGUAUUAUUUUCUACAGUUAAAGUAAUAUGUAGUAGUGUGGCUGUCUAUUUCAGGGUAGGAAGGGCUGUAACUAUCACGUCACUUUGUUCAGGUACAUUAAAUGCAUUACAUAUAUUUGUAUUCACUCGUUUUACAUUAUUUUCAAAUAGGAUGAAAAUGUGUAAGCCACAAUUUCACUGGGAAUUGUAAAACUUUAAUCUUAUUGUACUUACUAAGGAAAAUUUUUCCGCUUUGUCUCCUGUAUGACUGUCCCUAUCUGUUUUCCCAUGGGAUGCAAAUUCAGGUUAAUAGGUGCAAAAACCAAUCUACUUAUAUCCUGACUAUAGAUAGAGACAAUCAGGAGACAGCGUAGGACAUUUCCACCUGCACAGCAGUUGGGAACAAAUUCAUGGUGUAUUACAUUAAGGAUUAGGAGCACCAACGUUCAAUCAAGAGUUACACAUGAUAGUAAGCACUGCUUUAGAUAUUUGUUGACACAGGAGUUUUUCUUUAAAGCAACUUAAAGUGGUUGUCCAACCCCAGCAAAAAAACUACAAUAAAAAAGAGUCAUACUAAUGCCAGUCCCCGCUAAUCAAUGCUGCUUCCUGUAUUCUGUGUCGAUUUUAAAGGAACUGUCCACUCAACCAAUCACUGGCCACAGAAGAGGCUCCAUUCAGUGAUUGGCUGAGUGAGAGGUUGAUGUGUAAUAGGAACCAGAAAGAAGUAGUGAGCAGGAGACACUGUGAGCAUCAGUGUGGCAACUUCAGGGUUAAAACUUUCUUUUUUAUUUUUAAAUAAUUUUGUGCCAAUUGUAAAUUUUUGCUGAGGCUGAACAAGCACUUUUAGGCUGGGUUUAACAGGUAGAAUAAACAAUGUGUCAAACAUCACAAUUUCGUAAUGGCUCACAGAAGGAAUAUAGUGGACUGCGAGAAUACAUGAAUUCAAUCCUCUUCCAACCACCCUCACCAAUUGCUGAAGUUUUGUACAACAGUUGCCAUUAUUCAGUGGAGAAGAGGCAAGAGAGAUGAGUAAAAGGGGAAACUGUUCAUCAAUAUAGUUGACUUCAUAAUCUGAAGCCUUCUACAUUCAUGAGAGGAGUUCAAUAUACUUGCCAAUAUAUAAAAAUCUGAACAUUUAUGCUGCACCCCAGGAAUACCUCAAAUAUGGCCGUAAAUGCCCCAAAUGACCACAUUUGGUCUUUGUUUGCAUCAACAUUGUCCCCUAUGCAGCUCAGUUCGUGAAAUCGUCCCACCAAAAUCUGGACUAUGGGCAAUUUUUGUCCUCCCCUUCUCCCGCCACCUCAUCAAUGACUCAGUCACUGUACAUAGGUGUAAACCAGGGGUGUCAAACUCAAAUUCAUCGGGGGCCGCAUCAGCAGUUUGGUCACCCUCAAAGGGCCGGUUGCAUCUGUAGGACCCCUCCCCCCCCACAUACCGUAUAUAUGCUGGCGUAUAAGACGACUGGGUGUAUAAGACGACCCCCAACUUUUACAGUUGAAAUGUAGAGUUUGGGAUAUACUCGCCAUAUAAGACUACCCCUCCUACUGCAAUGUACAUUACCUUGUAGUUCCCCCCACAUUAGGUAGGCAGUAUAGUUCCCCCACAUUAGGUAGGCAGCAUGUUCCCCCACAUUAGUUGGCAGCGUGUUCCCCCACAUUAGGUUGGCAGUAUAGUUCCCCCCACAUUAGGUUGGCAGUAUAGUUCCCCCCACAUUAGGUUGGCAGUAUAGUUCCCCCCACAUUAG